CUGAUUGGACGGACAUAGUGGAGCAACGGGAGCACCCGCAAUAGUGCCUUGCUCUCUCCGCGACCAACCUUUUCCUGGAGACAAAACAAGCGUAUUCCAUGUCUUCGGCACAUGCACCAACUUCAAACAGUAGUAUAAACUUACUGUAUGCAGCUUCCCCGUUUUUCGGGACAAUUAAACCAUAUCCCGUGGCGUACCGUGGGGAUCCGCAUGUACCAUGUAGCACUGGUAAUUCUCCGCAUUCAAUGAAAGCAAGCCACAUUCGUAUCUUCCGUCCAUCCCACGAGUUCCAAUCGCACAUCUUCACCUCUUGAAAAUAAUAAACCGGCAACAUCAACAUGAGCAACCACACAGCAGAAGACCCGGCAAAAUCUGCCUUGCCCACCUACACAAUCCUCCGAGACACAGCGCUCGAUUUCAUCAAAGCCCAAGCCCUCGACACCACUUUUCCAGAACGCAUGAACUUCAAUCUUCUGCGUACCUACUGUGCCCCUUCUUUCGAACACUCCUGGGGCCACAACUACGCCGUCUCUCUCACCCCGCCUCUCCAAGGCACACAUUCUCUCGACGACUUCUUCUCCCAUCUACGAUCUAUGCUUCCUAGACUUGAAUCUUGGAAAUCAAAUGUCACAGACAUCAUUGUCGAUCCGGUCAAGAUGAAGGCCAUGCUGCGAAUCAGCUUCAUGAUGCAGGCGAAAGGUGCGACGGAGGGGCAGAUGGUGGAGAAUGAUUUGCUGUGGAUAUUGGAGAUGGAAGAAUUGGGAAGCGGGAAAGUGGGCAUCAAGAAGAGUAUGGAGUUUCUGGAUGGUGCGGCGGCGGGCAGGUUGAGGGAGAUUAUGAUGGGGAUAGCGUAGGCUCAUGAUGAACGAGAAGAGUAUGACUUUGCAGUCUUUCAUAGCUGCUGUUUAUAGACGUUGAGGUCUCGCACUUCUAUCCUGACGUACCAGACGAAUGCCAUCUAAGUUGAGUUGUACCAUGCCUAUAACUCCGUUGCUACCGGUCCAGUAUGGAUAUCGCUAACUCUUCU